AUGGCCUUGCUCCCACCCCUCCCGUGGAGCUGUCUGCUCUCUGAUUCCAUCCUCCUGUCACAUUACCGCAUGAAGACCCUCCCCAGAGGAAGUCGCCACAAGGCAAUGGCAGCUCCUGCAUGGGCAUCGCCUCAGGCCCGGAGGAUGCCCGUUGGCCUCGGCGCGCGGCCACAUCACAGUCCUGGUGUCUCGGAGUCGCCCGGCCCAGCCAUGGCGCGCAGCCCCGCGCUGCGCACGGUGUCCCUGAAGGAGACGCUGGCUGAAGUGGAGACAGGGCUCAGGUCUAAGAAGACUUCGAGGGCAGAGGAUGCUGAAGAGAAGGAGAUGAUCUCUAAGAUCUUGAAGAAGAAACCCCCGUACCUAACAGUGCUUCCAAACACCGUGAUCAAGUUCACUCGAGCCUCCGCCAGGAAAAGGGCCAAGCUCACCAUCUCCAGUAAGCCGCCCCAGACAGCACCGGAAACCUCGAACAUCUCGGAGGAGCGCUGCGGCCUGGCCUGCCUCGUUAUCCCCUGGUGCCAGCGUUUUAACAGCAUCCGGUGGUUUAUGACUUUCUAUAGUGUCCUGCUCAUAUCUCAAGGUAUUGUGCUUGGUAUUAUUGAUGUGAGCAAUAAUGAUUUGCAACAAGAACAUACAGUGACAAAUAUUGAGCAUUUGGCACUGACACUCACUUAUGAUAUAUCUUCUUGCCUAGUAGCACUAUUUAUAGCAUACUAUGGAGGGAGCGGAAACAGAGUAAAGUGGAUUGCACUUUCCUCCUUUUUGGUAGGAUUUGGAUCACUUUUACUUGCUUUUCCAUACUUCAGUGUUAAGCAUUUUGAAUCAGAGGCAAAAAUUGAAGGCAUUUCAGAUGCUGCAGCAAUACUAGGUUAUGCUUUGGGCUUUGCAACAGGAUCACCACAGCUUCCACACUCUCAAAACAGUACUUCUGGUGCAGCAACUGUUGAUACAGGACAGAAGAAGAACUGGUGGCAUGAUUUUAUUGUUGCUGCUUCACUUGCAUGGUCUACACUAAUACCAUUGUUAUGCUUUCCACGCAUUAUAGGAGAUACAGCAAAGAUAAGAGAUAGGAAACGAAGAGAGUUUCAUUUGUUUGAGAAAGACCUCCAACACUGGAAAUUUGGAGCAAGUAUUAAGGAUUUGUUUGGUGUUGUUUGGAUUAUGCUGAAGAAUCCAGUGUUUCUGUGCCAAACACUAUCUAAAGCUACAGAAUCUUUAAUCAUUAUUGGAGCCUCUGAAUUUUUACCUAUAUAUUUAGAAACUCAGUUUAUAUUAGCACCCGCAACAGCAACUGCACUUACAGGAAUUAUUUUAAUUCCAGCAGGCGCACUUGGCCAACUUCUAGGAGGCAUCAUCGCUUACUAUUUGGAAAUGUCUUGUAAAGCUUUGAUGAGAUUUACAAUAGUUUCAUCUACUUUGUCAAUUAUAUUUCUUGUGAUGAUAAUUUUUGUACACUGUAAUCCAGUGCGGUUUGCUGGAAUCAAUGAAAAUUAUAAUGGAACAGGUCAGCUGGGAAAUCUCACAGCCCCUUGCAAUGAGCAUUGUGGAUGCUCACCUUCACUCUAUUUGUCUGUUUGUGGAAGGGACAGCACUGAAUAUUUUUCUCCGUGCUUUGCAGGCUGUACAACUUCAAAAAUUAUAAACAAUGAAAAGAGGUACUAUAAUUGCUCAUGCAUUAAAGAAGGAUUAACAACUGCUGAUGCAGAUGGUGACUUUAUUGAUGCUCUGUUUGGGAAAUGUAACAUGUACUGUCACACAUUACCUUUGUUUUUUGCUUUUAUUUUUUCUUCAAUUGUCUUUUCUGGUUUUUGUGGUGUACCACUCACUCUGAUUAUUUUCAGGAUUGUACCUAGAGAACUCCAUUCCCUGGGCAUCGGUAUAACCUAUGUGAUUGUGAGAAUAUUUGGAACAAUUCCUGGGCCAUCACUUUUUAGAGCAGCAGGAGAAUCUUCUUGCAUCUACCGGGAUAUGAAUAAAUAUGGACAGGAGGGACAUUGCUGGGUCUACAACAAGACAAAAAUGGCAUUAAUUUUGACUGGAAUAUGUAAGUGA